AAAAAAAAAAAAGAUAAUUAGAUUAAUUAUUAAUGUAAAUAUAUAUUCAUCGUGUAAUUAGUGAUAGAUUGUUGCUAUUUUAACCGCUGCAAUGGACCUCCACCGGCCAGUUGAUCCUAAUAAGACCUACGAGGAAUUGACCUCGGAGGAGAAACUGAGAUAUGACCACCAGAAGUUGCAUGAGAUGCACCGCGGCCACGAGUCGAUGCAUACCUCGAUGGUGAUGAUCCUCAUAAUAACGCUCAUCGUCGCGCAAGUCAUCGUCGUGGAAUGGAAGAAGAGACACUACAGAUCUUACGCGUUCUUCACGAUGGUUGCGAUGUGGUCUAUCCCGGUGCUGAUGAGCGCGCGCAACCAGUGGUGGCGGUUCAUCAUCGUGUGGUCCGUCUUUACGCUGCUCACCGGGCUCGUCAUCAGGAAGUCGAGCUGCAAGCCGAUGUCGGUCACCACGCCUAGAUUAGUAUACAAGUGGUUCUACUUAAUAUACAAGCUAAGUAUAUUCUUCGGGCUGUUCGGAUACGUGGUUAUGAUACUGACCUUCAUGGGCGUGAACCUGGUGUUUGGCCACAAGCCACAGGCGUGGAUGGACGUGGGCCUCGUGUGUCUGUUCUAUGGAUUAUACUUCGGCGUUCUGGGCAGAGACGUCGCCGAGUACUGCGCGGACAAGAUGGCCGCGUCUAUUGGGUACUACACAAAGGAAGGCAUCCCGACGCGACAGCUGGAGACCAACGUGUGUGCCGUGUGCGGCAACCAGCUGUUGGUCAACGAGCAUGAAGAGGGAGUUUUAGAGAACACGUACAAGCUGACGUGCGGCCACGUGUUCCACGAGUUUUGCAUCCGCGGCUGGUGCAUCGUGGGCAAGAAGCAGACCUGCCCCUACUGCCACGACAAGGUCGACCUCAAGCGGAUGUUCACCAACCCCUGGGACCGGCCGCACAUACUGUUCGGACAGCUACUGGACUGGAUCCGCUGGCUGGUGGCGUGGCAGCCGCUUGUGCUGUUCAUGGCGCAGGGCAUCAACUGGCUCUUCGGCCUGCAGUGACUCAAGCCCCGCCCACGACC